CCAGCCCUACAAACACGCGCACACGCUCCUUACUCAGACCUGUCACACGCGCCCGUCUCUCCGGCACUUAGCCGAGGCUGGGGGAAGGGGGGCCGAGGCCUGCACUGUCGGAACUCGCGCCUUUCGGACCGAGCCCCCUCGCCGAAGCGCACACACGCUCCAGCGCGCGCACACACACCUCGGACAUUCCCAUAGUGCCUCACGUGACACUCGGCCCGAGCGUGCCCACCCUACCCACACGCUCACGCACGCGUGCUCACACGCGCGCGCACACACACACACACAACCACAACCACAACCUCCGGUCGCUCCCGAACUCCGCGCUGACCCCGGGUCCUCCGCCCCGCAAAAAGCUCUCAUUGACGGCGGCACACCUACACUCAUUCACAGACACACACUCCCCCCACAUGCCAGCCACAGCCGCACAUUCAUAAACAGGGCCGGGAGAAGUACACACGCACCCCCUCGCUGCCUACUCGUUUUGGGGAGCCCUGAGUCAUUCCUGCCCCCCUUCCAGAGCUCCCCCAUUUCCCUGAGUGCAGGCACAAUAGGACAAGCUGGAGUCUCCCUUAAUGGUCUCGGUUCCCCUAGGCCCCCUUUGCCCAGUUUGGUGCCUCUGACACUCAGCCAAGGACUUCCUGUAGGUCUGCGCCUGGACGGUUGCCACAGCCCCGGUGCACUUGGGGAGGCACUUCCUUUUCCUGAACUCUGGGAUCCUGCGGGAGGAAGUUGGGCGGGGGCCGCAAAGGCCAGGCUGACUGGCGGGACUGGCCGUCCAGCAGCACUGGCCUUCCUUAGGAGGAGGCGACAGAGGCCUGGGAUGGGAAUCUUGGCGGCUGUCGAGGAGGCCCAGAGUGGGCUGAAGCCCUUACCAUGGAGUCUAUGUUUGAAGAUGACAUCAGUAUCCUGACCCAAGAGGCCUUGGGGCCCAGUGAGGUGUGGCUGGAUGGUCCUGGAGACCCGUCCUUGGGAGAGGACAUGUGUUCUGCCUCCCACUUUGCUCUCAUCACAGCCUACGGAGAUAUCAAGGAGCGGCUAGGAGGUCUGGAGAGAGAGAAUGCCACCCUCCGCCGUCGCCUCAAAGUCUAUGAGAUCAAGUAUCCACUGAUCACUGAUUUUGGAGAGGAGCAUGGCUUCCCUCUGUAUGAAAUCAAGGAUGGCUCCCUGCUGGAGGUGGAGAAGGUCAGUCUGCAGCAAAGGCUCAACCAGUUCCAACACGAGUUGCAGAAGAAUAAAGAGCAAGAAGAACAGCUCGGAGAGAUGAUCCAGGCUUACGAGAAACUGUGCGUGGAGAAAAGCGACUUGGAGACAGAGCUGGGGGAGAUGCGGGCCCUGGUGGAGACCCACCUACGGCAGAUCUGUGGUUUGGAGAAACAGCUACAGCAACAGCAAAGCCUCCGGGAUGCAGCCUUCUCUAGCCUGAGCCCCCCAGCUGUCCCUGCCACAGCCUGUCCUGACCUGGACAUGCACUAUCUGGCUCUGAGAGGUGGACCUGCCUUGGGUCAUGCAGGUUGGCCUGGCCCUACGAGUGUAAGUGUGGGUGAGCUGGAGCGGAGACGCCUGGAAGAGGCCCUGGAGGCCGCGCAGGGGGAGGCUCGGGGUGCUCAGCUGAGGGAGGAGCAGCUCCAGGCUGAGUGUGAGCGACUUCAGGGAGAGCUGAAGCAGCUGCAGGAGACCCGGGCCCAGGAUCUGGCCUCCAACCAGUCGGAAUGUGACAUGGCUUGGGUAAAGAGAGUUGGGGAUGAUCAGGUGAACUUGGCGUUGGCCUACACAGAACUAACAGAGGAGCUGGGCCGGCUUCGGGAGUUGAGUUCCCUGCAGGGGAGGAUCUUGAGAGCUUUGCUGCAGGAACAGGCCCUCAAUGCAGGCCAAAGGCACUCACCGCUAUCGCAACGUCACUCCCCGGCCCCCGCGUGCCCCUCACCUUCCCCGCCUGCCCGACCGCCGCCCUGUGCCCCGUGCCAGUCCCCUGCUGCACAGCGCCGCUCGCCCGUGCCCCCAUGUCCUUCGCCCCAGCAGCGCCGCUCGCCUGCCUCGCCAUCCUGCCCGUCGCCAGUCCCACAGCGCCGCUCGCCGGUGCCGCCAUCGUGCCAGUCGCCCAGUCCGCAGCGCCGGUCACCUGUGCCACCCAGCUGCCCGGCCCCGCAGCCCCGGCCGCCGCCACCACCCGGGGAGAGGACGCUGGCCGAGCGUGCCUAUGCCAAGCCGCCCAGCCACCACGCCAAGGCCGGCUUCCAGGGCCGCCGCAGCUACUCAGAGCUGGCAGAGGGGGCGGCCUACGCUGGUGCCUCCCCCACCUGGCUGCAGGCGGAGGCUGCCACGCUCCCCAAGCCCCGCGCCUAUGGCGGCGAGCUCUAUAGCCCGGGUAGGCCGCUCAGCCCGCGCCGAGCCUUCGAGGGCAUCCGCCUGCGCUUUGAGAAGCAGCCAUCGGAGGAAGAGGAGUGGGCCAUGCCUGCCAGCCCGCCCAGUCCCGAAGCGGGCACCAUCCGCUGCGCCUCAUUCUGUGCGGGCUUCCCUAUCCCAGAGUCGCCUGCAGCCACCGCCUAUGCCCACGCUGAGCACGCACAGUCCUGGCCAUCCAUCAAUCUACUGAUGGAGACGGUGGGCUCUGAUAUCCGCAGCUGCCCCCUCUGCCAGCUGGGCUUCCCUGUUGGGUACCCAGAUGAUGCCCUCGUCAAACACAUUGACUCCCACCUGGAGAACAGCAAGAUCUAGGGCACCUCUACCACUGGCUGUUUCUCCGCUCUCUCUCUCAUCACCCCCCAAACACUCACUUUGAAUGCUGCAUGAAUUUCGUGGGGGGCCCCUGCCCCUUGCGGUCCCCAGAUACCUCCACUAGCUACCGAGUCAAUGUGUGUGCUGCCUUCCCUGGUCCAGGCACCACUCAGCUCUGGCUCUUUCCUGGAGGUCGACCAAGGCUCUCCCCGUCUUCCUGGGUUCCACUGGGUAGUGGGGAUCUGGUCUGGGAUGAGGAGGACAUACCCUCCACCUCUCUCUGCCUUUCUGUUCUUUAACAGGGUUGUCUCCAAGAGGAAGUCUAGUGCUCAGGGGAGGGAGAGGGGGAGGUGUCAAGAGCUCUGGGAGCCCCUUCCCAAAUGUCUGUCUUUCCUGGGCUGUGUUCUUCCAGGAAAGACCUCUUGAUAGGGUCUCAGAGCCUGCCCUGCACACCGAUGCCAGCCCUUCUGUCUCAUGACCGACCAGCUUGGGGCUCGUGGUACUGGGGAAGGAGGCAUCUUGUUUCUUGCUAGUCACUGCAGGCCAGCUCUGUUCUCCCCCUCUGCCCACUCUGGGAAACCGGGAAGGUGGCAGAGGGGUGGGAGGACCCUGCAGGCCUUGGAUGAUCCAGCCCAAAGGGGCUGCCUUGAGGCUGGGACUCCUGGGCCAUUACCCUCAGUCCAGGAGAUUGUCUGCCAGCCUCACAGGCCUGUGCCCUUCAGGAGCCCCUAGCACUAAGGUGCAGAUCACCAAGGCAGAUGCCUCCACCCCUUCCUCCACUGCAGCUCCUGACACCACAGGUUCCCCAGAGCCCAAGUGUGACUCAGCCUGUGUUUGCUGGGUGGGUGUCAUCAGCCCCUCCCUCCCAGGCCAGAACCUGAGAUUGGCCCUGGGUGCUGUGGAGAUCAAUUUCAAAAGAGCUAAUCCCCUUCCCACUCCCACCUGCCCACCCCUAUAUUCCCUCUGUGAAAUCUACCUCAGAGUCGUCCCCUCAGAAAGACAGGGGAGUGGGAGGCUGGGGCCCCAGGCUGAGGUGGGAGCCUCCUGAGGGAGACUGCUGCCCACUAUGAAUCCACCCCUCACUUUGAGCCUCCCUGGGGCCUUGGGCAGCCGAUGGCAGUAAACGCCACUGUCUAUCGCAUGUGCCAUUCUGAUCCAAAUCUUCCAGGCCCUCUCCCCACACCCCUCCUUCCUCUGUGCAGGGGGCGAGGGGCGUGUCAGCAGGGAAGGGGCCAAGGACUCCAGAGAAAUGUCAUUAUACCCUGAGUGUUCCCCAGGGAGGGGACAUGGGGAAGGGGGCCUGUAGAGGGGAGAGGGCCAAGUGCUCUCUGAACAAGUUGAAAGUCCAAAUAAAACUUACCUGUUCCAUCUG